CACGCAUGACCCAAACAGUAUGACGUCCCUAUUUUUAUAUGAUGCGGGCUCAGCAAUGGAGGCUUCUCUGGAGGCCUUAAAAUCGGUAUUCGAACCAGAUUUGGUGAAAAAGACGCUCUCUUUGAUGCAAGUCUAUGUGAGCAACAUAGUGAAAGACCCAAGCAAUCAGAAAUACAGGAAAAUUCGAAUAAGUAACCCUAAGUUCAAUACCACCAUCUGGCAACUGGAACAAGCCAGGACGUUUUUGCUGUUUGCAGGGUUUGAACAGGAGGGAGAUUUUCUGUUUCUACCCUCUUCUGUAAAACUGGAUGGGGCCAAACUGUUAAUUGAUGAAGCUCUUGGUACCUCACCAUCAAGCCAAGCACUCCCUGUUACUGGUAAUCCCUCAUCUGUAUCUCAACCCAGCAGUGUGCUCAAGCUUAAUAAACAGAAAGACUCAAGCUUGUUUGAUCAAGAUGUCAAGGCAGAUCUCACCUUGCUGUCCUACAUGAAAGAAAUGGGUUAUGAUAUUGCCAUGGCAGAAACAGCUCUAAUUGCAACCAAAAACAUUGGAAUUCAGCUUGCUAUAGAAUGGAUAAACCAGAACCCUGAUAAAGCAAAGGCACCACUCAGGUUUUCAGGAGCUAAAGUUCUCCAGGGUAACACACAGAUUAACAAUCAGGAACCAAUUGCUUGCAACUUGCCAGCUGCAUCAGCACCAGUUGCAUCUAGAUCCCAAAAGACAAUAGAUGAAAGGCAUAAAUUCCAGGAAAAACUCAGACUGGAAGCAAUUGAGGAGGCAAAGUUUUAUCUGUUCGUCUCUCCAAGGAUUCAACAGUUCAAGCGUUAUAUCAAGAAGUUCUAAAGCAAUGGCCCACAAAUGACGCUGUAAGCUUGGACGACAUUUCCCUUAUGACAUCAUUUCCACAGAGAAGAAUUUGUGACUUAGAAAGUACUUUACAAGCAGCAGGUUUGGUGACUCGUGCAACUGUUGUGGUGCAGAAAACGGAUCAACAAGGCGUCGUCGUUCAGGGAGAGGGAGCAGUGUGCGGUGUACGAAAUAUCACGAAACUCGACGACUGGCAAUCAAUACAGAGUGAGCGGGACAAACUUAUUGUUGUUCAGUUUUAUGCCAAUUGGUGUUCAUUAUGUAGGUCUGUUUCAGACCCAUACGAUUCGUUAAACGCUAAAUAUGGAAUGAACAGACAAGUUUUAUUUGUACGGGUUAACAUCGACCAGUUGAAGGUGAUAAAACACCAACAGAGAAUCACGUCCCUGCCUACAUUUAAACUCAUUUGGAACGAACAGACAGUAGCUCAGGUAGAGGGAACUGAUAUGGAGGAUCUGAGGCAACAAAUCGAGGAAAACAUGAAGGGGCCAAGUGACACAAUACCUCAAGAAGAACCGUCGCAGGAUGAUUUGAACCAUGACCCGAGAUGAUACAUGGCUGAAGUCCGACUGACCUUAAUCAUGUGAUUAUUUCAUCAAAGAGCUCAACGUUUUUUGCUCGUGAUAGAGAGUAAACAUGGCCACCAGUUGAUGGGGAAAGUAGAAAUAAGUUCAAACGCGGACAAUCAAGAAAGAGAAAUGGAUAUUGUUAAAAGACAAUUGGCAUCUUGCAAGAAUUUUCAUUUAAGUGUAUUUUUAAACUUAUUUAAGAAAAUAAAAAAUAACAUAUAUUAGAAAAAGCCAUUCAGUUACUGUAAGCAGUUGAUUAUUUCCUAUUCCUUUUGGCGGUCUUAUCUUUCAGGCUCGACAAGCCUAAUUUCCUUUUGACGGAAAUAUUACGAGAGUUUAUAAAUAGCAGACUAUCCAGUCCAUUCACUAGGUGUUGUUAUCCAUAACCCUUUCAAUGUCUGUCGAUGUUUGGCUCAUUUUGCACGGAUAGUCGUGUCCCUAACUGAGACUGAGGAGGCCAAGGACGGCUAACUUUACUUUGAACAUGAUAUUGAACAAGUUGCAAACCCUAAAGCCAUUUUGAUAAAGCAAGAAACACUAAAUUGCCUGAUUUCACUCCA